AAAGGCGAAAAACAACAAAAGGCUCAGAAAAGCGAAACUAAAAAUUACAAGAAAAAAAAACGUUGUUAAUGUUUUUGACUGUUUGCCUAUUUGGUUAAGACCUACCAAGUAUAAAAACUAUAAAUAAACGUGGCUAAAGAAGCAUUUCAAGAUCUGCCACAGAAAAGUGAACAACAAGAGUGCAGAGAAUAGAAAAAAAAUCUAAAAAAAUAAACUAGAAAAAAAAUAUUUUGUGUUUAAGAAAAAAAAGGAAAUUUUAGAAAAAAAAAUCGUAUUAAGAAGUGGAGUUUUUAUUUUAAAAAAUUCUUAUUAAAAAAAAACUUGCAAGAGAAUCUAGAAAAAUGCACAUGUGUAUAUUGCAACCUUUUUUGGUCAUUAUGGCCUUAAUUGGAAGUUCCCGGGCAGCUAUUGCCUCAGUGCCCAAUACUCAGGAAUUUGCAACAUCAACAUCCUCUCAGCUAAAUGUGGAUGGCCUAUUAUCAUUUCCUAGUGAUUUAGCAGCCGGAGCCGCCUCCACCCCUGAUCAUGCUCUAAGGCAGAGCAGUGCAACUAAUGGACCUCAAAUAACACCUUGCUCUCUAAGUGAUCCCAAUAAAAAUGAAUGUAUACGUGGUCUAAUCUCUAGCAUUUUGCCUCAAUUAAAGAAUGAUUUACCCGAAUAUGGCAUGAGUUCCCUAGAUCCCUAUUUCUAUACCCGAGGAAUUUUCCGUUAUGCCAAUGAUGGCAUUCAGGGGGGACUCUUGAUUAAAAAUAUGCAAAUUCAUGGCAUUUCUAAUCUAAAGGUUAACUCCUUCAUUGGUAAUUUCACCGAGAACAAUCUGAUUGUUAAAAUGGGCAUGGAAAUCAAACAACUGAGAGCAGAUGGACAAUUUAAGGCUGAUGUGAAAUUUGGAGGUUUGCGUUUGGUGCCCAAAGGUCCUUUUAAUAUAACCAUAGACAAUAUCAGAGCUGUGGCUUUAACCGAUGGCAAAUUGCUCAACAACGAAUCAGGCAUGAGAUUACAACUGCAACGCUUGAAUGCCAAUGUAGCUGUGGGUAAUGCCAAAAUUGUGGCCAAUGGUAUUUUCUCAGAUCGUAAUUUGAACACCAUGAUUUUGAAUUUGGUCAACGAAAAUCUUCCCGAGAUAACUCGUGUCGGCAUUCCUGCCACCCGUGAACAAUGGGCCCCCAUCCUGGUGGAACACAUCAAUAAUUUCUUUGCCAAAGUUCCUUUGGAGAAAUUCCUGAUACCUUAGAAAGAAACUACACACACACACACACACAUACCCCAACCAAAUAUUUAUAUGAUACAAAAUCCACAUGUAUUUGUUUUCUUCUUUCAUUUCCACAAAAUUUUUUAGUUUUUAAGAUAAUUUGUAGUUUUAUGUUUAAGUAUACCAAGAU